AUGGAUCUGGUGGUGCCGAUGAGAGGUCAGGACUCGGGGUACAUGCAGGAGCUUGUGAACUGGUACAGGUUCGACGAGAUGGGCGACCUGGACAUCCAGGAGCUGGAUGAGCUGAAGGACGAGCUCGUGGCGCUGAACGCGCUGGACUUCAUGGAGGGUGGCAAGGAAGAUGUUGAGGUGGAUCUGGGAGCAGUGGACGUGAUGCAGAUUUUCUCGCCGCCGAGGUUCACGGAGGCGGCGAAGAGACAUGGGCUCAGACCUGGAGUAGCAGUGGAUCUCUCUACGUGCAGGCCGAGCGAUGGAGUCGGCUGGGAUCUACUGCGCAAGGAGGACCAGUCGGAGCUGGGCGAUAUCAUUGAGGGGGACCAGCCCUGGCUGCUCACGGGAAGCCCGAGGUGCGACCCGUUCAGCCAGCUGCAGUACCUGAACAGGACCACGACCGACGAGAAGGGCGUCUACUACGCGCAGGGGCCGAUGUGUCGGUGCGGGCUGCAGUUGCCGGAGAAGUACCGGGACGAGAGUGAUGGCGUCCCCGAGUACGUGCGGAAGGAGAGCGGCUUCGUCACCAACAGUGAGGAGAUCUGGCACGAGCUGAAUGGCAAGUGCUCCAAUCUGGUUGGGGGCGAUCUUCAUCGGCGCACCGAGCUCAAGGGCGGAGUGGCGCACUUUGCGGCGAAGUGCCCUCCGAGGUUCGUCAGUGCUGCGUUGAGGGCGCUUCGGAGGCAGCUGAAGAAGGAUGGGGGGCUCAACGCAGUGGAGGAGAUCGCGGGGCCGGUUCCCGAGAUGCCGACGGAGUACAAGGAGAUGCUCGAGAGUGGUGGAGGCUUCUGGGAUGAUGUCAACGGCGGGUUUCUUCCGACAGAUAAGGUUCUGGCGGCGCGCCAGGGGGGGAUCAGCUGGAUCCACGGCGAAGGGGUCUACGACAUUGUUCCGGAGCAGGAGGCUCGAGACGCAGGAGUACGACCACUUGACGUCCUGUGGGUGGACACGGACAAGUCCAUGGAUCCGAAUGAGCAGAAGAUCAGGUUGGUCUACGUUGAGCUUCCAGCCGAGGAUCGUCCACGCUAUGGCGAGAAGAUGCUGGGGCGAUUGGUGAAGUCGAUGUACGGCACCCAGGAUGCUUCGCAUCUUUGGCAGUUGGACUACGUGGACUUGUGCCCCUCGAGUGAAGGUGGCUUCAAGAGGGGCAAGCACAAUGCAGCCUUGUUUUUCAACCCGGCGGGUGACAUCCGCAUGGCAGUCCAUGGGGGCGACUUCGUAGUGUUGUCGGACGUAGAUGGACUGGAGCACGUCGACAGGCUGUUGUCUCCGAAGUACCCGAGCAAGAUGAUGGGCACCCUGGGCUUCGAUGAGGGCGACUACGAGAGCUUGCAGUUGCUCAACAGGAUCGUGAGGAGAGGCAAGGACACCAGGGGCGAGUACAUCGAGAUCGAGCCCGACCCGAGGCACGCGAAGAUGAUCUUGGCAGAGACUGGUUGCACGGAGGCCACCAAGUCGGUCAGCACGCCGAGGGAGAAGCUCAAGGACACGACGAUUCUCGAGGGGAUCAAGGGCAAGAAGCUGAUCGCGAGUGAGACUACUCGUUACCGGUCGGUGUGCAUGAGGCUAAGCUACUUGGCGCAGGACAGGCUGGACUUGGUGGAGAGUGCGAAGACUUCGGCGCAGCGGAUGGCUGGGCCGACCGAGCAGACCGGGAGCUUCGAUCCGGUACCGAUGCAGGCGCCGGUGAGCAAGAUCGAGGUGUACGUGGACAGUGAUUUCGCAGGAGAUCCCAUCACCAGGAAGUCAACGACAGGACUGGUGGCCAUGGUGGGAUCGCACGUGAUCAAGGGCAGCAGUACACUGCAGAGCCUCACCUCCCUGAGCGUCGGGGAGGCGGAGUUCUACGCGGUGGUCAAUGGAGGUGCGGUUGCGUUGAUGCUGAAGGCCAUCUACGAGGACUUCGGCGACCACAUGGAGGCUCUGGUGCUGAGUGACAGCACCACCGCAGGGAGCCUGGCAGAUCGUCUGGGAGUUGGGCAGAGGACCAAGCACAUCCAGACGAGGUUCCUUUGGGUCCAAGAGCGGGUUCAAGACCGGGACCUGAAGGUGCAGAAGGUUCACACUUCGAAGAACCUGGCGGACUUGGCGACCAAGCCGGUGAGCGGAGUUCUGCUUGACAGACAUGUCAAUCCGCGGGGUUCUUUUCUCAUCGAGGUGACCAGGAUCGCCGCGCUCCACUACCGAGGG